UAAGAGUUAAAUUCUUACCCAAGUCUGAUAAACACUCAAUCCAAACACAAAGCACCAAAAGAACUUGUGUAAAUACGGAGUAGCAAAACAGUAAUUUCAAUACAGCUGGUUCUUAUUUAAAACAACGUAUUGCAUCUUCACUACGAUGAGUCAAAAAGCAAAGACAACAACAUUUAUAGCGUUUACGAUUUUGUAUUUUGUUAUCUGGGAUUUGAUGCUCGUUACUUCAGGCUUAUCAUUGAAUCGUGUCAAGCGGCAGAACAGUCGAGCUAGCAAACGAGAAGAAGGAUCAGUGGACUUCAAUAACAUUGAUGAAAAUUUGUACGGGUGGACGCCAAUAAUAAGUGACAGAGGUUGCCCGCCACAGCAAUACGCUUGCAGAGAUAGAUCUUACUGUUUUAAAGAGAAAAAUCUCUGCAACGACAUUGUCAGCUGUGAGGACCAAUCGGACGAAAUAAAUUCUAUUUGCGGGUAUACAACUGUCUCACAAAUGGGAACAACUCCGAUCACAGAGUCUACGAGCUUUUCAGAAGAGCCAAAAGAUACAGAAAGUAGAAAUCGAUUCAGUGAUCCACUGGUUAUUGCCUUCUUGGUAUUCGUGGCAUCUAUGCUAAUCUACGUCGUGGGAACCAUAGUUUAUUGUAUAAAACAUAGAAUAAACGCUGUUCGACCACAUGAGGAUCGCACUGCAGCGCGGACAAUGGGCAAGUCUCAAAAUGCCAACAAAUUGCAUAAAUUGCAAAGUCAGCAAAAUGCGAAAGAGCAGAGCGAGGAAGAACAACAUAACAGGAAAACUACUAAUCGCAUAGAAGAUGGUGGUUGCGGAGCAAUUAAUGAUGUAAACUGAUGAUUUCAACAGUAACUAUACUUAACUAUACUUUUUAUCUGUGAAUAUCAAUAACUCAGGAUUUUUCACCAUAAAUAAUAUCGUGAGUAAUUAACUGUAAUGAAAAUAUUGCAUUUUCAAAACAGUAAAUUUUGCCAUGAACAUUAUUUGAAGUUUUCUAAAGAUUGUCUAGAACAGUGGUUCCUGAAGCGCGACCCGCGGGCCAAUUACGGCCCGCGUAACAAUUUAAUAUGACUCGCCGAACUUGAGUGAAAUAGUUUAACACUUUAUGUUUUUAUCUUUCUGCGUUCUAGGUACCGCCAUUGGUUACGUCAUCACAGUUUAAGCACGUGUAUAUUCGUAUCAAUUCAAUUAUACCGGUAUUAGGAUUACAUACGCAGUCAAUAAAAAAACGAAAACUAGAAUCUAAAAACGGUGGUUGGAUAAAUGACAGCGUUCUUAUUUCCUAAUUAAAAAUAAUCAAAAUUUCGAUUCGUCUUCUUUCCCAGCUAACUAUUCCAGUUCUGAAGGAACAUAACAUUAAUCGCCAUCACUAUCACUUGCAAUUUCCUUGUGGAAAGUCGGGAUUGUAAUUGGUCAGAGAUUCUAUCACCUAACAACUAAUAUAUAUAAUUAUUAUUAAUUUUAUUACGUAACAAACUGCGAUGCUAGGUGUAUCUAAAAUCAUACUUGCGGCCUUUUUUUUUUGUCAAUUUUGUCAUGGCGCUUGAGCGCGACCUGAACCCCGCCCGCAAAUAUUCGCUUCUAAUUUUGGCCCCCGGUCAAUCAACGUUGGGAACCACUGGUCCAGGAUGUCAAAAUGUUUACAUUGCUGUAUAUUUUAAAAUUUACAUUUCAUGGUAACCAGUUAUAUUAAUAUAUAGCGUAAGAGUUUUUUUUUAUUAGUCGAGGACAAGUAGGAACAUUUUAUUAAUGCAUAUUUCUUCCCUUCAUUUCCUUAUAACAUGUGUGCAUUCUUGUUCAUAGAGUGCGGGUUUCGUUUAAAGUCAAUUUUUUAGUUUAUUAUCCUUUUGGAAGUAUAUUAUACCGUGUUUCCUCUAAAAUAAAAUUGGGUUUCAUUUCAAUUUUCUUUCGAAAAUAAAAACACUAGG